UUUGUAACUUGUAUUAUUUUUUUAUGGUUUACUUGACAUUCUGUUCUGCCCCUACUACUAUUGUUAUUUUAUUAAUAGUUAUAAUUAAAUUAAAGUUCUACCAAUUCGCGUCACAUUAGCAGUGGCCAGUAACCAGUGAGUUGUGACUACGUUUUACUACUUAGUACUUUAAAGUUAGAAAUCGUAAUCAGAAAACUUUAAUCACAACUAACGUUUUACGACAAUCAUAAUAGUUUCAUUUUAACACUUGUCAGUGGUGAUAGAUCGGACUCCUAGGUCACGGUUUGUAUUGCUAAGAUACGCACAGAUUCAUAUAUAAUUUAUUUAUAUAUCUUAAAAGAUCUACCAAAUCGUACGGUUUUGGCAGCGUCAACCUCAUUGUUUGUAUAAAUAAUUUUUCGCAAACCAAUUUGCACUUACAAAACUACACAACUGCUAUCAAUGGCGGACGAGCUAAUCAAUUACAAAUUGCAACUACAGCAGAUGCAGCAUUGGAAAACAUUAUUAGCAUCAUCUGUAUCUUACAUCGGCAUCAUCCAAAGUAUCAAGAGAAAAUUUGCUGAUCAUAAAAGUCUUCAGAUUUGCUUUACCUGCAUUAUACCCAAUUCACCUGGCAACUGCAGUUGGAACAGUUUUAGCUGAUAUUUAUUCACCAACUGAUUGGUUACUGUAAAAACAAAUAACCAUGGUCUGUAUUUAAUUAAAAGUACUCCUGGUUGAGAUUUUAGUAAAGAUUUUUAAAAGAUUUUCGGAAUUUUUAGGAUUCAGUCAUGUUGAACAUUCUACAUCCGGAUGUAAUCGUUUAUACGCACCGGUAGAAGCUGCAUUAACAAAUAGUCCUGAUGACCCAGAACUUAUGAAACUGAAAACUGAUUUAGAAGAAGUUAUUGAAUUAACAGCUGAACUAGUAAGAACUCAAACUCAGCCUAAAAAAGAAAUUGUUCAAACAAAAAAAGAAUCAUCUUAUCAACCUGAUAUACUACCAUCUGUUGCAAAGACGAAAGGUGAAUGGAAAUCAGGAGACAGAUGUUUGGCACAACUAGCGGAUGAUGGUAAAUUUUAUGAAGGUACUAUUGAAACUAUUGAUGGAGAAGCGGUGGCAGUUUUAAUAGAUGGACAAAAAGCUGCUGCAGUAACAACAUUAGAUUUUAUUAAAGAUUUGCCUAGAACUCAUCCUAAUGAAAUGAAACACAAGAAACAACCUGUAGCCAAGUAUAGAGAAUAUCAAAAGAAAAGAAAACUUGCUAAACAGCAGAGAUUUAAACAGUUAGAAGAGGAACGUGAAGUUGAGAAAAAUAAAUGGCUAGCAUUUGCUACUAAAGGUGUGAAAAAGGGCAUACCAAAAAAAAGUAUAUUUGCUUCGCCAGAUAAUGUUAAUGGACGAGUUGGUAUUGGCACCUGUGGCCUGGGCGGAAAAGGCAUGACAGAAUUUCCAACUGCUGAGAAAAGAAAAAAAUAAGACUGCAAUCGAUGCAUUGUAUUUAAAAUUUUGUAAAAAAAAAUUAAGGCUAUCAUAUCAACAUGCUUAUUUACCUUUAUUAAUUGUAUUCUUUUUCUUUUUUUUUUAAUCUCACAUUUAAUGUUUUAAUGUAUAUUUUUUCAUUAAUAUAAGUUAUGUGUAAUUAAA